AUGCGUUUCGUCAAUUUUAUCACCGUCUUUAUCGGCCUCGCUGCCGCUGCGCCUGCUGUUGCACCUGCUGCUACACCUACCAAAGAUGAAAUGAUAGCCGUCGCGACUUCAGCUCCCACCGCUUCUGGGGAUCCCUUCACCUAUUGGACCGCUACCUAUGAAUCGGUCAAGGCCUGCGAUGAGGACACCUACUUCGGUCGCGAGGCCCUCAAGGACACCAAGCGUGCCAACUACCGCGACUGCGCUGCCCUUCUGUCCAGCUUCGGAUCCCGCAACGGCACUUUCGUCGUCCCCCGCGCUUGUGAAGACGACAGCGAGUAUGCUUUCGGAAACGGCCACGUUGAUGUGGUCAAGUCUGGUUCCUGCGCGUUUUCCGUCCGUGCCGACAAGGGAUUGAUGGUCGGUGACGAAGAUAUUGUGUGGAUCAUGCAAAAGGCCGUUCUCGACAACGCUGAUGGUAUGGAGAUGGCAGCUCGUGGUUCUGUCAAGUGUAAUGCUGAGGAUGGCAAGGCGAAAGGUGGUCUUUAUUGGGAGAUUCACGGGCUUGAGUCAACUGGUUAUUAA